CAGCCAGAGAAGAGAGAAGAACAGGUAAAGAAAGAAAGAAAGAACGAUAGACAGACGGCCGGCUGAUUCUUCUCCACAGCCAGGGACAAGACAGGCAGACAUACAGAACGAACUGGCGAGGAAGACAGACAACCAACGGGGAAUUUGCGAACCGCAAAAAACAGCGGAGUUGGAAAAGCGAACGCGAUCGGCGACGAAGAGGAAGUGAAUGAUCUUACCUCUGUGGUGGUACCAGUUCUACAUACCGGUACAAACUUCUGAAUCCGCCUCGAGGGUUUAAAUUGACUGCACACAUUUUUUCUCUUGUUUUUCGACGCUUCAGUGCAGUUCACACUGAUCAUCACAGACGCACUCUCUGAAAGACUUCCCUUCUUUCCCACCACAACUGCAAAAUGACGUCGUCAAUAUACGGGUUCAUCACACUGUCCGUGGUCGCGCUCAUCUCGCAGACGACCUGUCGCUCCCUGGACCUCCUCCUUGACGGAGACUUCAACAAUGGCCUCGCUUCCUUCGACGGAUCUUCCAAGUGGUCGCGCCUCCCCCUGGAAUUCCUGGCAGCAUUCGACCUUGACCCGCACCAAGCACAAGGUCAACAUCUCGCCGAGGCGCCGGAAGCACCGCUGAUGGAGGCCAUGAAGAGGUCACGUGGUCCGUCGCCCAGAAGGCUGAGGUCUUACCUGAGGCGCGCCGCAGGACUCAGAGGGAUGAAGAGAAAGAUGUUCUGGCAGCCGUUGGGAUACAUGCCAGCUUCUGCGCGUGCGCAUAACAACGUCCCGGAAGUGGUGAACGAAAACAGCCAGGACUCCGGCACGAAUGUCUUCAGAUACGGCUAAGUGCCAAGACUUUAUUGCUUCUAUACAACACAGCCCUCCUUGACUAAGCUCUUUUCAUUCUGUCGGCAUAGAAAACAAUCUCAGACUCAGAUCAAGUUACUUCUGUGAAGGUUAAGUGAUCUUUUUUUCAGGUGCCAAACGAGAUCAAUGGUAAUCGCUUUUAAGUGAUAGUGACGGUGUAUUCUGUGUAUUCAUGUUAAUAAAUUGCAACAGACCUAUAGGAUUAAGUAAACCUUGAAAAUUAAAAUUAAUAAUUUAAAAAAAAACAACUUAUAUUCAUUAUUAACAGAAUGAAGAAAUGUAAAACUAGAACAUCGCUAUUUUUGCACAAACCAAAUGCUGUUGUUCGCUUGAUUAGUUUAUCCUUAUUAAAGUCAAUCAGUAAAGGGAAUAAUUCAUAUUCGAUACAUUUUAUUGAGUAAAGAGAAGCAUUUCGACACAAUAAUAGUCUUUUCAUUUAGUAAAGUAGAAAAAGUAAGAGAGAGAAAGAAAAACAGAGGGGAAGAAAAGAGGUAGGGCGUACCAGUGGCGCCCACCAGUCACCCUUGAGUCGUUUUUCCAAAGUGUACAGCGAUCAACCAGAAUCUACAUAGUGUCUUUGAUUAUAUAUGUAUAUUUGAAAGAACUACUAGACGCACGUAAUACAUUGAAAGCACAUCUUUACAUGAAAAGCAAUAAAUAAUUCCACUUUACUGAUCCCUAGGGGGACAUUUGAUUUACUUUGGCGUAACAUGAUAUAUAUCAUACAAACAUAAAAAAGAUACAAAAGACCUUAUCAAACAGAUAAAAACUACAGAAAAUCCAUUGCUGGUCGCCACUGUGCAGCACCCUGUUUCAUGAGUUGAGGUUUUCGUGUCUUGCCCAAGGACACACCCCAGUGGCCACCCACCGAAACACUGAGUCAGAGGAGAAGAGUGCAGUGUGUCAACGAGUAAACACCAACAAAAUAUAUUUUGAGAAAAAUUC